GGACACUUUCGAGAUCAUGACGGUCCGCGGGUCGGGCUGGGGCGCGAUCGCCCAGCUCUGGCAGGAGGAGGUGGCGGGCGCUGGGUUCGUCGAGAGCCGCUGCGCGGAUGCGCGGCUCGUCCAGGAGACGCACCUCCACGCGCGCGACAUCAUCACCCAGGCGCCCGCGCGGCCACGGGCGGCGCCGGGGUCGCCGUUCCCCGCCACGCGCGGCCUGGCCAACGCCAGCGCGGCGGGCGGCGGCCGCGUGACCUGCAGCGUUUGGCGCGGCAUCGUCGCCGUGACGGGCGCGGUCCGCCGCGGCGGCCUCUCCGUUGGCAGCAUCCACCUCGCCAACGACGCGGUGGCGGAGGCGCCCAAGCAGAGCAGGCCCUGGGUCAUCGGCGGCGACUUCAACGCCGCGCCCGACGCUUUCAAGGCGAAGGCGGGCUGGUGGCUGGAGGCGGUCCAGGGCGCCAUCGCGCAGCCCCACUGCGCGGUCAAGCUCGCGCUGAACGCGCGCAUGGAGAUCGCGCCUGCGCGGGCCCUGAGGCAGCCGAGAGCAUCCCCGAGGGGGCUGCCCAUCGGCCCGCGGCGCGAGGCCUCACCCCCGUCGGCCGACCUGCAGGCGCUGACGGCCUCGGCGGCGUCAUCCCCAGCGGCGCUCGAGGCGGCCUACCUCGGGGCAAUGCGCCAGGCCGAGGCAGAGACGUGCUGCGCCUACCACGUCGACGACCCGCUGGAGGCGCAGGCGCACUGCGGGCGCGGCCAGGAGACCGAGGAGACCGAGGAGCGCCGGGCGAGCCCGACGCCCGCCCACCCGCAGAUCUCGGGCGGCCCCAAGUCGAGUGGGCAGGCACGGCACCUCCUCGCCGUGGCCGACUACCUGGGCGACGCCGCUGCGCAGCGCCGCACGCGGCGGCGCGUGCCCGCGCGGGCGGCCAAGUGCUGCGGCGCCCGAUGCGUUGCCGCGCUGGCGGCCGUGGCCGUCGCGACCGCCGAUGCCCUGGCGGCGCUGGCCUCCGAAGCCCGUGCCGAGGCAGCCGCGCUGGCCGCCGAGCACAGCGGGCCCCACGCCCGGCGGCGCGGCCCACGCGGCUGGCUCGGGGACGAGCUGGACAUGCUAGGAGCCCUGAAGGCGGGCAAGUGCGAGGUAGACGCGGUCGACAGGCACUGGGCGCACGAGGUCUGGAGCGCGGACGACGGGUCGGACGGGCGGCAGGACUUCGAGCGACAGACGGACUCGGAGGCGCUACCCGGACCGGCGGCGGCCGAGCGGCUGGACGCCGCAAAGGCUUUCGCGAAGCGCACGGGCACGGGGGUCGACCGCGUCUCGCCCCGCGCCUUCGCCCAGGUGUCCGAGGCCACGGCCGAAAUAUUUGUGGACAUCGACACGGCGGCCGAGGAGCGGGGCGACUGGCCACUGGCGGCGCGGGCGUCACUCAUCGCGACGCUGCCCAAGCCCACGGGAGGCUGGCGACCCAUCGGGGCGCUCUCCAGCACCCCGAGGAUCUGGAACAGGCUCAGCCAGGCCGAGGCGCGGCGCUGGGAGGCCCCCCUCUGCGGCAGCGGCGCCGGCGCUUUCUGGGGCGGCCCUGGGAGCUCGGCCCAGGAGCCCGCGCGGCGCCGGGCGCUGGCGGCCGAGGCAGCGGGAGCACGGCAGCUCCAUGGGGCUGCGCUGCUGGUCGACCUCGAGAAGGCGCACGAGACGGCGCGGCUCACCCACGCUGAGCGCCUGGCCCGCCGAGCGGGCCUGCACGGCCGCCUGGCCCGCUGCGCCGCGCCAACCUACCGCGGGCGCCGACGCAUGUGCGCGGGGGCCAUCGUGGCCGAGGCGCGCACAUUGGACGCGGGCCUGCUGGCUGGUUGCCCACAUGCGGGGAGGACUCUGAAGGCGGCGAUGCGACCCGUGGCGAGGGCGCACUCCGAGGAGCGCGGCGCCUGCAGCGACGGUGACACGAAGCCCGACAUGCACAGCUUCUACGACGACAACACCGCGGCCUGCCACGGGCGUGCCCCGCGGCAGAUCGCGAGGCACUCGGUGGAGGCAGGGCUCGCGGUGGCCGCGGGUCUGACCGCGCUCGGCUGCAGGAUCUCGGCGACCAAAACGGAGGCGGCGGCAACUGACCCGCUGGCGCGCGACGAGAUCCAGCAUUCUGAGCGCCAAGCAAACGAAGGCGGGUUUCGCACUGGCCGCUGCACCCUGGCGAGACCCCUGGCGUUCGCAGGCCGAACAGGCGCUCCUGGCCUGGGGCCGCGGGCUCGCGCGGGCCCUGGCCCCGACACGACCUACGACGCGCUGCGGGCGUGGCGGCACGCCGCGCAGGUCCGCCUCGAGCAGGGGCCUGGCGCGCUGGCGGGGCGCGGCCCAGCGGCAGCGGCGCUGCUCGUGCUCGAGCGGCUGGGCCGAAGUGCCACGGCGGCGCACCGCUGGACCGUGGACAACGACACGACGCUGAAGCUCGAGGAGAUCGGCGGCCACACGCUCCGCAAGCACGUCCGCGGCUCGCACCCGCGGUGGCUUUGGCGCGGGGCCGGAGCCCGCGACGCGGACCUCGAGCGCGCGGCCAGCGGCGCAGCCACCCGGGGCCUCCGACGGCGGCUGCUCGGCGCCAAGGCAACCCCCGAGCAGCGGGCGCGGUGGUCCAGCGCCCGCAACGCGGCUUUCGGCGGGCUCUGGCCAGUGGCCCGCCGAGCUGCCCUCGACCCGCCGCUGCGCCGCUCGGGGGCCUGCCCCGCAGGAUGCGGCGGCCGCGGCACGGCGCGGCACCUCGCCCGGCAGCGCCCCGACCUUGCGGCGGAGAGGCGCGACGCCAUCGCGGGGGACAAGGCGCUGCAGGCCUUUGCCGACGUGGCCGAGGCUUCCGACAGCGAGGAGGCACGGUGGAGCAGCAGCCACGGCUACGCGGCCUCGGCAGGCGCCAACGUCCUGUACACCGACGGUUCGGCAAUGCAUGGCAAGGCCGGGUCGCCCGAGGUGCGCGCUGGCGCGGACGGCAUCCCAGAAAUCAGGACGGACUGCAAGCUGCUCGUGACGGGCUUUGCAGCGGGCAAGGCCUGGCGCUGUGCAUGGGACCGCCCGCACAUGGAGGUGCGGCGCCACUUCUGGCAGGCCGUGGACAGCUUCGGCGGCCAGCAGCGCGUGCGGGUCACCAAAGUGAAGGGGCACGCCACGCUCCGCUCCGUCCACGACGGUCACACCAGGCUGGACGACUACGAGGGCAACCGCGCCGCGGACGGCUUCGCCAAAAAGGGCGCGGAGCUCCACCCCAUGAGCGAGGCGGCGAUGGAGCGCAUCGAGCUGGCCGACGCGAUUGCAGCGGCGACGGUCCGCUGGCUCGGCGAAGCGCUGCAGCUGGGGAGCACCGCCCUCACGGCGGCCGACGGCGCGGACGCGGGCGCGGCAGAGUCCACCUGCUGCGGGCGCAGCUGCGGGCGGCGGCGGGCCAGGCUGCAGGCGCUGGCCCUGCGGCGCGCAAA